GUACGAGGUGGAGAGUACGAAAUGAAAAUUCUAAGGAGCAAGGCACGUGUUGAGGGUAUCGUUUGUCGUGAUACCUUGUUUUCCACAUAUCCAUUUCAGUAUACAUCUGCGCUGACGCACGAUGCAAUACUGGUCAUCGCAGAAGCUUUCCGCUACCUGAGGAGGCAGCGAGUGGAUGUAUCCCGAAGAGGCAGUGCUGGAGACUGCUUGGCAAAUCCCGCUGUGCCCUGGAGUCAAGGAAUUGAUAUCGAGAGAGCUCUAAAAAUGGUACAAGUACAAGGAAUGACCGGAAACAUCCAAUUUGACACUUACGGACGUAGGACAAAUUAUACCAUCGAUGUGUACGAGAUGAAAGUCACUGGCUCUCGAAAAGCUGGCUACUGGAAUGAGUACGAAAGAUUUGUGCCUUUCUCAGAUCAGCAAAUCAGCAAUGACAGCGCAUCCUCAGAGAACCGGACCAUUGUAGUGACUACCAUUCUGGAAUCACCAUAUGUAAUGUAUAAGAAGAACCAUGAGCAAUUGGAAGGAAAUGAGAGAUAUGAAGGCUAUUGUGUCGACUUAGCCUAUGAAAUAGCCAAACACGUGAGGAUCAAAUACAAAUUGUCCAUUGUCGGUGACGGGAAAUAUGGCGCAAGGGAUCCAGAGACAAAAAUAUGGAAUGGCAUGGUUGGAGAACUUGUCUAUGGGAGGGCUGAUAUAGCUGUCGCUCCACUCACCAUAACCCUGGUCCGUGAAGAAGUCAUAGAUUUCUCAAAGCCAUUUAUGAGCCUGGGCAUCUCCAUCAUGAUAAAGAAGCCUCAGAAAUCAAAACCAGGCGUAUUCUCAUUUCUGGAUCCCUUGGCUUACGAAAUCUGGAUGUGCAUCGUCUUCGCCUAUAUUGGAGUCAGCGUAGUUCUUUUCCUGGUCAGCAGAUUCAGCCCCUAUGAAUGGCACUUGGAAGACAACAAUGAAGAACCUCGUGAUCCGCAAAGCCCUCCUGACCCUCCAAAUGAAUUUGGAAUAUUUAACAGUCUUUGGUUUUCCUUGGGUGCCUUUAUGCAGCAAGGCUGUGAUAUUUCUCCAAGGUCGCUGUCCGGGCGGAUUGUCGGAGGUGUUUGGUGGUUCUUCACCCUGAUCAUAAUUUCUUCCUACACUGCCAAUCUUGCUGCUUUCCUGACUGUGGAGAGGAUGGUCUCUCCCAUAGAGAGUGCUGAAGACUUAGCUAAGCAGACUGAAAUUGCAUAUGGGACCCUGGACUCCGGUUCAACGAAAGAAUUUUUCAGAAGGUCCAAAAUUGCUGUCUAUGAGAAAAUGUGGUCUUACAUGAAAUCAGCAGAGCCAUCUGUGUUUACCAAAACAACAGCAGACGGAGUGGCCCGGGUGCGGAAGUCCAAGGGAAAGUUCGCCUUCCUGCUGGAGUCAACCAUGAAUGAGUACAUUGAGCAGAGAAAACCGUGUGAUACCAUGAAAGUUGGUGGAAAUCUGGAUUCCAAAGGCUAUGGUGUGGCAACCCCUAAAGGCUCAGCAUUAAGGUGGGUGGAAUAAUAUAACAAUAUCCGUGUUGUUAUAGUAUUCCACCUACCCUGAUGCAUUUUGUUGUCAUUUUCUUUCUUGUGGAUUUUGAGGUAACUUUUAAAAGUUUAAAAUCUACAAUAUUCCAUGGAGUUAAAUAAGACGGUAAAUUAUGGUUUCAUCUAUUUAAUGCAUCCAUUUUUUUUUAAUGUUCUCUCUCUGUGUUGUCCUCUCUGACUGUUUGUUGCUGUUUUAAUUUUACAGUUCAACGGCUUUUUCAAUUUAAAUGGUAAAAGCCAAGUUAUGGUGCCAUAUGUGACGAAUGUUAAUUGCAUGGAUGUGGUGUUCUUGUUACUUUUUUUCUCAAAGACAACUUCCCCAUCCCGCACACUUCGGUUUUGAGCAAAUGUUACCCUCCAUGCCACCUUCCAAUAUUUAACCCUGUAUUCGCUGUACAGACAUUUUUCUAGCUCCACGUUCUGUGAAAUUUAGCCAAUUUGUCCUCUUGUGCUCCUUUUUAUACGUUAACGAUUUCCUACGCAUUUGUGCAUUUUCUUACAAGUUAUGUUUUAUCGUUUCAAGAAAUGCUGUUAACCUGGCAGUAUUAAAACUGAAUGAGCAAGGCCUCUUGGACAAAUUGAAAAACAAAUGGUGGUACGACAAAGGAGAGUGCGGCAGCGGGGGCGGUGACUCCAAGGUCAGCCUCAAUGUCACCACAACCGGGUACCCUUAGUGACGAGUAAUCGGCAAGACUGUUAUCUUAUUACUGAGGAGAGAGCACAAGACGCACACAGAGAGUGGAAUGACCAGGUUAUUCCGCUGCCUGGCAGCUUUGGGAACCAGAAAGACUCCGGGGCACUGCCCGCAUUUUUGAUCUAACUUGGGUCCCUUCUUAAACUCCCAGACAGAGGCUCCCCCUCCACACCCCUCC